UAUUGAUCAUGAUUGCGAUGACAUAUGAAGGACGUAAAAAAAAGCUAUGUAAAUAAGAAAAGUUGAGGUGAAAUAUAAUUGUGUGGUUUCGUGUCAAAGUAUAAUUAUAAUAAGCAUGCAAGAAAUAAUAAUAAUUGCAUAUAUGGGCCAACAAUUUAACGAUUGAAUGUAUCAAAUAGAAAUCCAGAAUAAAUAUAAUGUUUUUUAAUGAGUUAUAACAAACUAUUAAAUAACGAAUUCAAAGAACAUUUUAAAAAUCUAAGUCAUAAAAAUAAUAAUAUUAAUUCGUAUCGAAAGGAAAUAAAUUUUUGAACUUUAAGGAUGAUAAAUGAUGAAAAUUUUGUCAAUAACCACGAAAUUGGAACACCGAAAAAGACGGAUGUGGAGGAUAAAAGUACCAAAUUCAGUAAUGGGAGAAAAAGCUUAGAUGCCUCGUUAAUCGGUGAUAAAAUAUCUAAAGAAUCAUCAGGAAAUAUUCAUAAAAUGUGGCAACCAAUGCUGUGUGUCCAAAAUGAAAUAGCUACUAAAUCUGUCAAGGAGAACUUGGAUAUAAUCGAGAAUAAUUUAGACGAAGUAAAGCAGUUAAGCAAAGAGGAAAUGAAACUCAAGGAUGAAGAACUCGAUCUGGACUUGGAAGAAAUUUCGCCUGAGGUGAUGGAGUACGCUAAACGGGAACUUGGUGAAACAGAUGAAGUCAAGUGUCAAACGUUACAAGAGCUAAGAGAUAUGAUUUAUGAAAGAGGUGAAUGUACUCCCCACAGGAUGGAUGACGCUUUUUUGAUUAGAUUUCUUCGUGCACGCAAUUUCAAUGUUAAUCGAGCGCAUCGGUUGGUUGUGAGGUAUCUCAAUUUCAAAGAAGACCAUCCAGAAAUCCAUAAAGAUGUAAAUCCACUGAAAAUGCGGCAUAUUGGGGAUGAUGACGUAAUGACAGUGCCAGCGUACAGAACACAGUGUGGACGUAGAAUGAUGAUUUAUAGAAUGAGUAAUUGGGAUCCCAAAAAAUAUGGCAUUGAAGAAAUAUUCAAAGCGACGGUCAUUAUCCUUGAAUUGGGUAUUUUGGAACCACGCGCACAAGUUCUUGGCGGAGUUGUUAUUUUUGAUCUUCAAGAUAUCACUAUAGCGCACGCUUGGACUAUUACACCUCAGAUCGCCAGCAUGGUAAUGGCAUUAAUGGUAUCGUCGUUUCCAAUGAAAACGUACGCAAUUCAUAUUCUUCACCAAUCUUGGGUAUUUGACAUGAUAUAUGCAAUGUUCAAACCUCUUAUAAACAAAGAUAUGAAGGAACGUGUGUUUUUCCAUGGUGAUAAUAUGGAAAGCCUCCAUAAACAUAUUGCGCCUACGCAUUUACCCAAGAAAUAUGGAGGUAUGAGAGAAGAGUUGCCAUAUUAUAAGUGGAUUGAUUCACUCAGCUUAAAACCUAAAAUUGUCAAGGAAAUGCACUCUCUUGGUUAUGUUGUACCCGAAGAGCUGAUUAAAGGUUUUUAAUCUUUAUUCGUUUUUCAUCAUAAUAUUUUAUUUUAUAUAGUAAGGAUAAAUAAACGAUAGUCAUUGUAACAAAAA